AUGUUCAUGACGGCCGAGGACAUCCUCCAGAGUAUCGCCGAAUCUUUUCCUCAAGUCCAAGAAGCAGCGGACUGGAAACAAGUACCAACCCUCUCUAGCGCCGAAAUUAGGCAACGGGGUAUUUCAGCGCGUUCCACAAAACAUGCAGCCGGCUCACAUUUCCUGAUAGACGAGACAGAAAGCUCUCUGUACACUUCCACGGCCGGAACGUUCAGCGUUGUAACAGAAACUGACCUAACUAGCUUGUCAUCUGUUCCAGACCAACCACUGUCGGUAGCCAGAGAAGAACGCACAAAUAUGCAGCCGCAGCAAAGUAACACAGCUGGAGGCUUUUCCAUUCAUCGUAACGCUACAAGAGAAGCAUCAGGGAAAUCCCAUCAAAGAACUAGCCAUAGCAUGGCCAAUUCUUCCAAGAGUAGUUCAAAACGUGCGCCUAUAUACGUAAAUGUGUGGUACUGUAUGGGCAUUGCGGUAAUUGUGGGCACCAACGAUGUUAUGACUGUAUAA